AUGACUCCGCCUGCUGACGAUGCUUGGAUCCGUUCAUAUCACCGCUUGCUUCCCCAAUCGCAAUCUCUUAAUCUCAUAUCUUCCCACCAGUCAGUUAUAGCGGUUGCAAUCUCCAGAGUGAAUCAGUUUGACGCUGCACGGCUAGAUGUUGAAAUGUCUGCCAUGUUGAAGGAACAGUUGAUUAAGGUUUUCACUUUGAUGAAGCCAGGAAUGCUGUUUCAAUACGAACCAGAACUCGACGCUUUCCUUGAGUUUCUCAUUUGGAGAUUCUCUAUUUGGGUUGACAAGCCUACGCCCGGAAAUGCUCUCAUGAACCUAAGAUACAGAGAUGAAAGAGUUGCACAACGACUGGGGAAAGUUAGAACAGGACUUGAAGGCCCAGGACUUACUGCUCCUCAAAAGAUAUGGUACUGUGUUGCCUCCGUUGGUGGUCAGUACCUCUUCUCCCGUCUGCAGUCAUUUUCUGCUUUCCGUAGAUGGGGUGACUCUGAGCAGAGACCAUUGGCGAGGCGACUUUGGACCCUCAUUCAACGAAUCGAAGGCAUCUACAAAGCUGCUUCUUUUCUUAACCUCUUGUCAUUUCUUUAUACGGGAAAGUAUAGGAACCUCAUUGAAAAAGCUUUAAGAGCUAGGCUUGUCUAUAGGAGCCCCCAUAUGAACCGCUCUGUCAGCUUCGAAUACAUGAAUCGCCAACUUGUCUGGAAUGAAUUUUCGGAAAUGCUUUUGUUGCUUCUUCCGCUGCUCAACUCUUCAGCUGUUAAGAAUAUUCUUAGUCCAUUUGCCAAGGACAAGUCCUCAAGCGCUAAAGAGGAUACAUUGACUUGCCCCAUUUGCCAAGUUGAUCCUGCAAUCCCCUUUACUGCUCUGCCUUGCCACCAUAGGUACUGUUACUACUGCAUAAGGACCCGCUGCGCUUCAGCAGCAUCGUUUCGGUGUCUUAGAUGUAACGAGCCUGUCGUAGCCAUACAACGGGAAGGUAUUUCAAGUGGCAAAUGA